CAAAGGUGCUGAGUGUUCAGAGCCGGGCAGACAGAUGCACUCAUAGUUUUAAUGUCCUCUGGAUUAAAGAAAGCUCUCCUAUUAUUGCUUGAUUGCUGGAUUCAUAUCAAAGAUCACUGCACAGCGACAAAAUGAGUCAUCUGAACCAAGGUCUUAUUUCAGCUUACAAUAGCUUAGCUGACAAACACCUGACUGGAUACUUCAACAAUGCAAGAAUACGAAGACAUCUUAAGAAAGUUGGGCUGAUCACUCGGAGCGGCCGGAUUGUUCCAGAUAAGGAGUACAAGCACAAGCUGAUCCAGCGAGCGCAUCAGAGACAUGUGAGGGAGUGUCUAGCUCAGGCCAUUUUUCACAAGGUCUUAGAAAUGGAGCGCCUUCAUCACACUGAGAUCAAGAGAAAACUUGAGGAAUUUGCACGGAGGGAACGAAUCCACAAAAUGAAGGCUGAGCGGACUAAGAGAUAUGAAAACGAACCAAUGCUAAUGCUGUCACCUCGGCCACCCACAAGGCCAAAGGUCUCACAUGCACGGCAUUCUGGGCCGGAGGGAGAGCAUUCUGAGUCAACAGAAUCUCCGAGUUCCUCCAGGCCAAACACGGCUCUAGGGAAGAUGCAGAGGCCUGUUCGACUCAAGCCCCUGAACAGCAAUAGUGCCACGGCCUCUCUGAAGAGAACCUCCCCUCGACACAGACUCCGGGACUGGGACUCCUCCAAUGACACCGAUCAGCCCGUCAGUUAUACACUGGACAGAGACGCCAAGAAACAUUUGACCACGACAGACUUCUCUAGCACUGUCUCGCCCUACCGUCUUCCUGUCAUCAACAACUACGUGACCCCCGUGCCGCCCCUCACAAAGAAGAAUGAAAGAGGGGCGAGAGCGAACAGCACACUCAGGGGUCGAAAGUUAAGACCCACUACCGCACCAACAGCUGCUACAGAGCCAUCUUCUCUCCAGAGGACAUCAGCCCAGAGUAAAAUGUUAGUAAGCAUGGUGUACUUUGGGAAGAGUGUUCACCUGUCCCAUGAUCUGAUGGACCUCAGAGAUGAAGUGAAGGUCUUUCAGCAGCACUGUGGCGGAGAGAACCUGUGUGUCUACAAAGGGAAGCUGAGAGAGGGAGAAGUGUUCCAGUUUGUGUCAAGACGUCACCAAGGAUUUCCCUUCAGUCUUACUUUCUUCCUGAAUGGCCUGCAAGUGGAUCGGCUCAGCUCCUGCUGUGAGUUUAAACACAGGAAAGGCUCUCGGCUGGGGGGCAGACACGGACACUUCGGAUUUUGCGGUGUGGAGGGAGCCUCUCCAUGCUACAAGUGUAUUAUUGCCAUGGGCUUGGACAAAAAACCCACCCCUCCUCAAAAAAGAGUGAAAGAGGAGCUGCCAACCUUUAAAUCCCCUAUUGCUAAGGAGACCACAGAUGUAGAUGAGGACAUAGAGAAACAGUCUAAUGCAGAGCUUGACACACCUCAGGAAAUGGACACAGAACCUAAUCGAGAAACAACAGGACAGAAAAAGACCAAAGAUGACUAUGAGGAAGACUUUGAGGCAGAUGAUGAAGGACCAGUUGAAAAUGGUGAUGAAGCAGAGGAAAAUCUAGCUUCUGCUGCCAAUGGGGAAGAAAAAGAAACUGAGACCAGGGAUGAAAAUUACAAAAAUGAAGAGAAAAGCAACUCUGACAGCGAUGACACCAGUAUGUCCAAGGUCAAAAGGUCAUCAUCUGUCUCAUCUGGUCGAACAUCCAGUUUGUCCAGCAUUGACAAUGACAACAGUGAAAGAGAAAUUGUGGAGGACACCAAAGAAAUCUCCACUGCUGAUGUUCCAGUGGAGAGCUUACAUGCAGAGGAAGUUCUCACCACAGCUGAGACCAAACCGGAGGAGACAGAGGCCACAGAGUCCAGCGAUGUUACAUUACCUCGAGCUGCAGUGGAAGAUUCUGGCACACAGGAUAGUCCAGGGGAUGGCAUGGAGAAGAGCGACCUGGAAAUGUCAGAAGACUCAGACAAGAAAGAGGGAACUGAAGAUGAGCAAUCUGGGGAGCAUGCCAAACCUGAAGAUAAGCCACAAGAAAAUCAACCUGAGAGAGGUGAGUGUCUGCAUGAAAACUAGUGCUGUGUGCCUGUCAUGAUCGAACCUUAUGUGUUUAUUCAUGUUGGCUUUUACAACAUCAGAACUGGAGGGUCUUUAUUUUUUUUGCUAUUUGAUUUUCUACUUUCAGCUUUGAUUGCUGCACGAUAAACAGAGUGUUUAGUUACUUCACACAGCAUUUAUAAUUUAAAGCUUUAGUGUCUUUUGUUGGAUGUUAAAAUACUUUCUCCUGUCCCAGCUUAAUAAGCAGAGACAUC